CUUUUGUUCCUUUUCAUUCCGUCGAUCUGUUGGCCAGAUGAAGAAAGGCCGAGUUCUGGUGGAGCCGGCGGCGGCAGUAGCGGAGACGCGGUUCCGCGACGUGCGGAAGCGGCCGUGGGGGCGGUUCGCGGCCGAGAUCAGGGACCCCUGGAAGAAGGUCAGGGUGUGGCUCGGAACCUUCGACUCGGCCGAGGCUGCCGCUCUGGCCUACGACUCCGCCGCUCGCGCGUUCCGUGGUUCCAAGGCCAAGACCAACUUUCCCCUCGCUGCCGCCGCCGCUGCGUCUCCCACCCCUACUCCUGCAUUCCGCUGCCCUCCCUCCGCUGACCCAACCCUAGGGUUUUGA